AUGAUUCCCCGACUUAUUGCCGGGUUGACUGCUCUCGCUGUGCUGCCUGUUACGGCUAGCCCGGUUGAGUUGUCACGUAGAGGAACAGUCGGAUCCGACGACAUUGUAGGACUUCCUCAGACAGUUCCAGCCGGAGCUACCGGAGGUCUCUAUUUGGCCUACCAGCCAGAUCUACAUGUUGUCAAUGGCUGCGUCCCAUUCCCAGGCGUAGAUGCAAAUGGCAACACAAAUGCUGGUCUCAAGCCAACAGGAAAGCCAAGUGGUGACUGCGAUAAAAGCACAGGACAAAUAUACGUGAGAGGUGCUUCCUCCGGCGACCGCUAUGCCUUGAUGUAUUCUUGGUACUUCCCCAAAGAUUCCCCCUCCACUGAUCUCGGCCAUCGCCACGAUUGGGAAGGAGUUAUUGUCUGGCUUUCCAACGCUGCCAACACAAAUGCGGCGAACAUCCUGGCCGUUUGCCCAUCCGCACAUGGUGGUUGGGAGUGCAGUACAGAUGGCUAUACGCUUGAUGGGACUGCACCUUUGAUCAAAUACGAGUCCAUCUGGCCUGUCAAUCAUGCCUGCGGCCUAACAACUACCGUCGGCGGCAGACAGCCGUUGGUUGCCUGGGAAUCGAUGUCAAAGGUCGUACAAAAUGCCUUGGAUACAACAGACUUUGGAUCAGGAAAUGUUCCGUUCAACGAGGCCAAUUUUGCCAAAAAUCUAGCAAAUGCGACGUUCUGA